AUGGUAUUAUCAGAACUUUUAAGAAAUAUUGCUAUAGCUAUAGACUGUGUUGAAUUAUAUGUUGAUGGAGAUAGAUCAUUUGAUCCUAAAAAUACCUUGAAUAGUAUACGAAUAAUAUUAACAACUGUUCAUACGCGUCAGGUUCCUGUUCCGGAGCCUAAACAAUGUUAUGCUAUCAAAAAAAUGGUUUUGAACAACUUUAAGUCGUAUUUUAGUAAAAUUGAAAUUGGCCCCUUUCACAAGUCAUUUUCUGCGAUUGUCGGACCAAAUGGUUCUGAAAAAUCUAAUGUCAUAGACGCGCUUUUAUUU